AUGCAGAUCAAUCUACUCUGCUCGCUGCUGCUCCUCCCCGCGCUCGUAAGCGCCAGCUCUCACCUGCUCGUACGCUCCUCAUCCUCCUCCCUCAUCGGGCGUCAAGCCGGUGCAGCAGCAUGCGCCGCCUCCUGCACCUCCGCAUCAGACCUUUCAGCCCUGACGGCAAUCACCAACUGCGCAUCAACGGACGCGACCUGUAUCUGUGACAACUCGAACGACCUGAGCACGGCCUGUUUGGACUGUAUCCUCACUGCCGAGAACUUGACACCGGCGCAGUGGACGGCAGAUUGUGGUUCUGGAGGGGGGGUUAUCACGGGAGCGGGGUCAGCAUCGGGUAGUGCCCCUUCUGCUAGUCCGAGCGCAACAUCGUAUUGCACGACGACGUGUGUGUCAAUGGCCGACCAGGCGAGCGGAUGCGCUAACUCGGACCUCACUUGCCUAUGCACAAAUGCGAGGAUGCUCAGCUCGACCUGCCUCUCCUGCUGGCUCCAGCUCGCCGAUCUCACGCAAGCGCAGUACCAGGCCGAAUGCGCCAGUGGGACCGGGUCGAACAGUGCAGGAGGCAGUGGGGGAAAUGGGAAUAGUUUGGGUGCAGCACCAACGACGUCUAGCUCUGGAAGCGGCAGUGCACCUACUACUGGGACGAGCGGGGGUGAGACGAGCGGUGCGGAGACGGUCGUCGUUGGAGGGCCUCCACACACCUGCGUUCUAUCCAGCACCGGCACCCCACUAGACUCGAACAUCAGUACCCCAAUGGUCGAGAGUCAGAACGUCGCCGCCCUCCUCCGGGAGUCACCUCAAAAGACACCUCUCGCUCCUGCAGUGCCUGUCGAUCUCUGGGAACCAGAAGCAGGUGAGGCGGACUUCAACUUUGCUUUGCCGUCGUUUCCCUUCAUCGUUGGGGUGGAUGUUGCUGGCGUAGUGGUUAAGGUUGGCGAAGGAGUGACCAAGUUCAAAGUUGGCGAUCGGGUCGUGACGAUGACGCCUCUAGGAAAGGGGAUAAGGUUUGGGGUCUACCAGAAGUACUGUUGUGCCCGAGUAGACGCUACGAUACCUAUCCCGGACAGUUACACAUUCGACGAAGCGUCCACAACACCGUUAGCAUACUGGACUGCUGCCCUUGGCUUGUUCAUCUCCCUCCAAAUCCCUCUCCCUCUCUCCCCGUCUGGGAAGGUCAGCCCAACAGUAAAGGACGAGACGCUGCUUGUCUGGGGCGGCAGCAGCAGUGUCGGUGCACUCGCUAUCCAGCUGGGGGUGAUCGCGGGGUUUAGAGUGAUCACUACUGCGAGUCCGAGGAAUUUCGAGUAUGUGAAGAGCCUGGGUGCGAAGGCGGUGCUGGAUUAUCAUAAUACGGAUAUCAUCUCGCAGAUCAAGGGCCUCGCCCCGAACUUGCGCUACGCCUUCGACGCGAUCACUGAGCACGGUUCUAUCGAAGCGGUCCUCUCCUCCCUAUCCCACCCAGCAGCAGAAGUCGUCAUCGUUCUGGACUUUGACGGGACCCUUCCUCCCGGAGUCAAGACGCACAAAGUUUUCGCAGGGGGUAUCUACUAUCCCGGGAACGAAUCGCAAAUCACCGCUCUGAUACCGCUGUGGGACGCUGUCAUGAGCCAGGGGAAGAUUAAGCCCAACCCGAUUAAGCUCAUGCCUGAUGGACUCAAUUCGAUUGAAGAAGGCUUCGAUCUGAUGAGGCAACGGAAGGUGUCGGGACAGAAGCUUGUAUACCACCCCUGGGAGACGAAGAUCUGA